AGUGGUGGCUGGUUUUGGUGAGUCUCGGGGUGGUGAUGAUAGAAGGAGCUAGUGUAGAGGACGAAUUUGGAGAAAAAAGAGUGCUGAUACUACACCCCAUGUACGCCGCCUCUCAUGUGCUCACCUUGCGGUCCCUGGCCAAGGCUCUCGUCGCUAGGGGACACCAGGUGACGGUGGUAAGAUGGCAGGACAGUCACCAGUACCCGGCCGCUGAUCACCCAGGCAUCACAGAGUUCGUCUUGGCCAUCAACAAUUCUGACGGCUCCAUACCUCACAUGACCCUCGAGGAGAGAGCCAGCUUUGUGAUGCCACAAGAGUUGAUGUGGGGACACGGGACGUCGUGGACGGCGCUGCCUGUGGACGCCUUCAUCACUGUGUCUGCCUUCUGCAGGACGCUGCUGGGGGACCUGCCCCUGCGCCGCCACCUCCGUCUGCAGCACUUCCAUGUUGCCAUUGUUGACCUCAUCUACAACGAGUGUAGUCUGGCAUUGGCUCAUGACCUGGGUGUUCCGUCUGUGGGUUACUGGGCCUUCACCUUCGCCGGAGGAGAACCUCAGUACACUACAGCCUUCAGCCCUCCGUCAGUAGUGCCCCAAAUCCUCUCCCACUACAGAGACGUAAUGACCUUCCCGCAACGUAUAGUCAACCACUUGCACGCCAUCGGCAGCCAUGUUGUCAUGCAGGUGGAGCUGGCAGUAACGGGGUGGCAGAUCAAGAAGUACCUGCCGUCUUGUCCGCCACCUGGGACGCUGCUGGCUGAGAUGUCAGGCAUGUUGAUCAACUCUCACUCGGCCCUCGACUACCCGAGGCUGCUACCUCCUUCCUUCAUUAACGUGGGCGGCUUACAAGUUCAUCCUCCUAAACCCUUACCUGAGGAGGUGGAGAGGUGGGUGGGAGGGUCUGGCUCGGCUGGUACAAUACUCUUCACCAUGGGUUUCAUCUUCAAUUCUCGCGUUGUUCCAGCCCAUGUCAUCAACAACCUCAUGGGCGCUUUUGCUCGACUCCCACACCGGGUGUUAAUGAAGCUGGAGGGGGAGCACCCCAAACCACCGCACAACGUUAAGGUGGUCUCCUGGCUUCCUCAACAAGAUGUUUUAGGGCACAACAAGACGGUGUUGUUCUUCACCCACUGUGGGAUGCACGGGGUACUGGAGGCGCUGUACCAUGGAGUGCCCAUGGUGGGCAUGCCAGUGUUCGCUGACCAACAGGAUGUUCUCAUCAGGAUGGAGGAGAGAGGAGUGGCCCGGGGCGUUCACAAGGAGGCGUCAGAGGAACAGAUUUACCAAGCCAUUAUCCACGUCCUCAAUGAACCCAGGUCAGAAUUAUUCCAAAUUUUAUUUAUCUUCAGGUUUUGUGUGUUUAGGUCUUUACAGAUAUUUUUUUUGUUUAUAAAAAGUUCAAAUGCGAAGUCCAAUUGUAGAUGAAUGGUUCAGAGAACC